AUGGGAGCGUCGGGAUCGGGAAAGACAACACUAAUUCAGUCUUUGAAUGCAAGCACUAAGUAUGUAAUUAGUGACGACUCUCGAGUUUAUUGUAGUGAAAGUCAACCAAUAGUUAAGCGAUUAAUAAGUCAAGACCAAAAUGAUCGGCUCAUUGAUGGACUGACAGUAGGAGAAGCACUCAGUUAUUCCUCAAAAGUUAAUAAUAGUCACUAUAAAGGUGUCAAACAUGAAGAAAAUAUAACACAACUGAUGACACAAUUAUUGAUCAAUGAUAUCAAUGACACGACAAUUGAGAAGUGCAGUGGAGGUCAACGCAAACGUAUAGCCAUUGCAUUACAGUUGACAUCAAUUGAAAAACCAAACUUACUGUUCAUGGAUGAACCCACUACUGGUCUCGACUCUAAUGCAGCUUUUGAGGUAUAA